UUAUAAUUUAUUCCUGGUUUAAUAUCGCUGUAAAUCUUGUUAUGUGAUUGAACCUUGUAUUAUAACCUUACAACUUCCUUCCAUCACCUUCUACUAUUUAUCAUUUGUAUUAUACAUGUUAUUAUAUUAUAUUUCGAUUUAUUAUAUUAUGUUAUUUUUUAAAAACUAUUAAGAAUCAGUUUUUAAUUUUUUUAUGAUUUAUUUUUCGAUUAAAUUUCCAAUUUUGGAGUGUAAUACUAGAUGAAUAUGGGUGAAAGAGUUUGGGAAGAUCCAGACGAUGCUGAAGCUCCUGGUUUGGAGGAGCCUAGAUGGGUACAGAAGAGGCGUUUGAUCUUGAAGGAGGGUGGUUCAGAAGCUUAUUUAUCUGUUUCUGGACCACUCACUAGGGUUAAACCAAGUGCCUUUAAAACCGGUUCGAGGUUUAAAAUUACUCCAGUAAAACCCUCUAAAGAUUCAUUCAAGUUUAGUGGCGAGGUCAGUUCAAUUGGAUUUGAUGAGGAUUUCCGGUUUAUGUCAGUUUUAUGCCACAAGGAGAAGGGGUUACAGCUCUACACAGUAGGAGGCAGGGAAAGGUUUAAGCUGAAGUCGAAGAAAACGCUUUUCUUCGAUGAUUUUUUAAUACGAGAUUUUGCUUUCAAGGAUAAUAAUAUUUUACUGAUAGGGAAAAAUAAGAAAUUACUCAAAUAUGAUGUAAAAAGCGGUUUAGGACAGAAUAUAUUUAAUGUAAUGGUUCCUCGAACUGAGAUUGCCUAUAAACAAAUCGUCACCUCAAAACAUACAAACUAUUAUGCAAUCCCAUGUGUUAACACAGGAACCAUAUUGGUGUGUGAUUUCAAGGACAAUUUACUGGUCCACAACUUUAAAAUGAAUUCCGAAUGCGCCGGACUGGGAUUCAUCGACGAUGUUCUAAUUUCAUGUGAUUUAGACUCAAAUAUAUACGAGUUUGAUGUAAGAGGUGGAAAAUGUAGAAGAAAGUUUAAAGACCCAAAUUCUGUACAUGUCACAGCAUUUUCAACUUUUAACUCAAAUCGCAAUUCUUAUUUCGCAACUGGGACAAAAUCAGGCUACGUUAACUUAUACCGUACAAACUCAGAUAAACCCUUUAAAGUUCUGGAUAAUUUAACAACUGAAAUAACGAGUUUGAAGUUGAGUGAGGAAUUCGGACUGUUUUCGUCGGUCCACAAGAAAAAUUCAGUGCGUUUGGUGUACAAUGACAACUACAACGUGGUGGCAAACUGGCCCAAUAGCACGUCAAACCUGGGCCGCAUCACAGCACUUGAAUACUUUCAACCUCUAGAUACCAUAGUUCUGGGAACUAGAGCCGGUCGAAUUCACUUUCAUACCAUUAAAAAAUAAUCUAUACU